AUGUUAAAUACUGCUGCUCCACGUGAUGGUUAUACAAUGUACAAUGAAGCGAUCGCUUCAGUCUACUCAUAUCCAUGGUUUCAUUUUAUUUAUGCACUGGCCGCUUUAUACUUGAUGACUCAAUUAACUAAUUGGUAUAAUCCACAGAUUUCACGUGUAGAUACUUUAUCAGAAUCAUGGGCAAAUAUGUGGAUGAAAUUGGCAUCGUGUUGGUUAGCUUUAAUAUUAUAUGCAUGGACUAUAGCCUGUCCAAGAUUGUGUAUUGGUCGAAAACUUGGUGCAGCACCAUUUACACCACGUACACCACGAGGGAAAAUAUCACCAAAUGUAUCGGUUGUUUAA